AUGUCAUUCUGGAGAAGAUAUAAAUCUCUUUCUCAACGUCCAAGAACAUUAGGUUUAAUCUCAGUAAUAUUCGUCCUCACUGUCUUCCUCUUUCAUUCCAUUCCUCAAGAUGAUCUCUAUCGUGAUGAUCAUCCUCAACAGAGAGUGAUCAUACCUGUCGGACCUCAGACAUGGGAGGAAUGGAACGAUGGAGAGGAAGAUACACCUUCGAAUAAAGGUGGAAUGGGAAGUUGGUUAAAGGUUAAAACACCUAAAUUGGGGUUAGAAGGAUUGGGUUUGAAGAAAGGUGGAAAAAGAAGUUUGUUGGUUACUGGUGGAGCUGGACAACUGGGCUUAGCCCUGGUCAAUUCCCUCGUGGCCGACUACACCAUCCAUAUUGUCGAUAUAGCCAAACGACCAUCUUUCCUUACCAAAUCUCCAAAUAUCAUUUAUCAUCGAGGAUCCAUCUUACCUCCUUCAGACACACUCUCUUCCCUUUUCGCCACUACCUCUUUCGACGGUGUUGUACACCUCGCUGCUAUAUCCCUAGAAGCAUGGUGUGAACCUAAAGAAAUCGAAUGUCUCACCGUCAACGAAGGUGGGACCAAAGCUGUCCUCGAUCAACUCGACAUUUUGCGACAGAAACAACCUCGCAGAGCUUUGCUCAGCUGGGGUAAACGUAAAGUCCCAUGGAUGAUCUUGGCCAGUUCCAUGGACGUUUAUGGGAGUUCGGAGUUUAUGGGUGGAAGUGUAGAUGAAACAACACUGAGGCAACCGAUCAAUGCUAUUGGUCGGACCAAACUGCUGGCAGAACAAGCUGUUGAAGAGGCCGCCACACGUGGUUCGGAACAACAGACAAAGAUGCCACUUAAAGCCGCCAUCGUCCGAUUCUCCGACGUAUAUGGUUAUCCUCAUGGGACCACCAUAACACAAUCAUUCUUCCCUUCCCUCGUCAUCGACGCUAUCACCUCUCUUCCCAUUCAAUAUUCCUCUAGUACUCCCCCGAUGGAUCUCAUCCACGUAGACGACGCCGUGGCUGGUUUGACCAAAGUCAUCCGUCGUCUGUCCACCCAGUCUGAUCCAAAUAUGGGCGGUUUGGAGAAUUUUAACAUCGUCUCUGGUGGAAAACGUUGGAACUCGGAGGAGAUAGUGGAUCUCGUUCGAGCUCAAACAGGUUCAAUGUCGCCUUUAAGAGAUAUAGGUGAUCAUCUAGCCGCUUUCGCCCCAGUCGCAGAGUAUUCCAACAUCAAAGCAUCCACAGAUCUGGAUUGGCAACCUACCACCUCGCUGACAGUAGGAUUAGGUCGUACUGUCACAGCUCUAUCUUCUGAAAUGGCACAUUAUACCAGAGCAUUUCACUCGGAUAAUUGUCCACCUUCUGCCGACUAUCCUUCGUUGGAUGGAUUACAACAUCCUCAACCGGAGGAUGAAAGGAAUCGUGAUUUGUCAAAGUUGGACGGAUGUACCGUCGGUAUGGGUUUCAAUCAUGAUGGUUGGAUACAUCAUGUCAAAUGUGAAGAUGGAAGGUUUUGUGGGGCAGAUGGGAAUAAAGUAAUAGCUUAUAAUUGGAACGCGAGCGUUUGGAUCGUAAAAGCUCAAAGGAGUGAUGUGGUCAGGGAGAGAUUCCUUAGGGUGAGGUUUGAAGAGGAAACUGGAGCGGGGACAUUGGGAAUAAGUGAAGAGAAUUGGGAUGCGGGGAUUGUAAAGUUGGAAUUGUUCCCACCUGAUAGAGAGGAUGAUGCGGCGAUUCUGACUUUUGAUAUUGAAGUCUCUGAAAGCUCUUCCAGUCUUCGAGUCAUGAUCCCCAAUUCAGAGCAACAACUCCACGCCGUGGCCAAUACAACCGACUCUUCAACUUCUUUCGUCAUGGAACACCUGACCAAAUUCGCCAGACCUCAUUAUGACAUGCGUCUAACUGUCAUUUGUUGUCCUUCCGUUGGUGAUUGGCCCUUACUAUUGGACGAUUUCGAAACUGCCGAUAUCUUAUAUGGAUCCACUGGUCAAAUCCCUUUCAACGCUUCUAGAAGAUCCUCACAAUGUACACGUGCUGCAAAAGCCGUAGAAUAUAAUUCUAAUAAAUUAUCAAGUGAAGAAAAAGUUUUAGACGCGAUGGCUUCUCCACCUCAACUAGGUGAAUCAUUACAAGAUUCAUUACAAGUUUCAACACAGUUAAGUAAAUUACCAAACGAUUGGGGUUUAGCACAUUUACCACCAUGUUGGAACGAAUGUCAUUCUCCAACAGUUUGUAUACAAUCUGGUGAUUGUCGUUGUGUCAAAGCGGAUCAUUGUAGGCCAAGAAGAGAAAACCCUUUAUUAUAUCAAUUCAAAACGAUGAAGAAAAACCCAAUUGAAAUAAUGUUUGAUUCUCAUCGAUUAUCAAAUGAAGUGAAACAAAAAGAUUGGAAAGAUAUUUUAUUACCAAAAGCUAAAUCUUAUUUCACUCAACAUGAUAAAUUCCCAAAAGUUCAUAUCGUCAAUGGAUAUCCAGAAGAAAAGAAAAUAGAAUUAGCGGAAUGUCAUAAACUUCAACCUGCUCAUUGUUUCUCUGCGGAUAAUAUUUUAUAUAGAGCUAUGAGACAUAUAAGUGUUUCUGCUGAAGAAGCGGAUUUGAUCGUUUUACCGGUUUAUCAACAUUGUACAGAUGAAGAAUUCAUGUUACAUGAUUUGACAGCUUUUGCUGUCAAGACUAUACCGGGGGUUUUAAAUCAAGAUAAGAAAUUAGCUUUUGUUUUGACUCAUGAUUGGGGGAUUUGUGUAAAUUUCGCUUGGGAAAUAUGGUCAGCUAGAGGAGAAUCUCAUCUCACACCCGAUUGGAUACUCCGUAACGCAUUAGUUUGGUCCGUAAUGGGAGAUUACAAUUCCCCUUGUUAUAGACCUCAUCAAGAUAUAGUAGUUCCACCUAGAACUUGUAAAUCCAUCGAUCUCAGAGAACAUUUCCCAGAAAUAACAAACGUUACUCCGAUGAGACAAAGAACUAAAUUAGUCACUUGGUCUGGAACUUAUUGGGGUACUGGGAAGAAUAUGAGGUUGAGAUUAACUUGUGAAAGAGGUGGUGCGGGUAAAGAAGAGUUGGUUCCGGGCGGAGGACCGAUGAGUAGUUGGUAUAAUUGGGAAUAUAUGAAAGAGAUUUCUGGUGCUAGGUUUUGUCCUCAGCCCACUGGAAUAGCGGGCUGGUCACCACGUAUCAACGACGCCAUUUACGCAGGUUGUAUACCCGUCCUUACCGCCGAAGGUACUCAUUAUCCAUUCGCAGAUUUCUUAGAUUGGUCAAAAUUCUCAAUCCGUAUAAAACCUACCGAACUCGAUCAACUCGAACGUAUCCUAUCUGCUAUCCCACUCGAACAGUUAGAGGAAAUGCAAGCGAAUCUCAUGUUGGUCAGAGAAGCUUUCAUCUAUUCUACGGAUGAGAAUCCAGAGGAUGAAUUGAAAAGACGUGGACCGAUGUUUUUCGCUUUGCAUGAAGCUGGGAUGAGGUUGAGGACUUUGUAUCCUGUUGGAAAGAAUGGUGUGAGUAAAGAUACUAUAUAUCGACAGCCUGUGAAGGGAGGAUGA